CUUUGAACGAGUUGACCUGCAAAAUCUCAGCUGUGAAGCUAACCUUUGAAAAGCGCUCAAGAGAACUUCUACAAAACUUUAACAAAGAUUUUGGAUAUUUCAUCUCCAGUGGAAAGCCGAAGAGUCUUUAAAUAGCCUUCAGCGGACCACUCAUGGACCCGGGACACCUGCCGGUGGGAGUCGCUCCUCCGAAACAGUGUUCAGACACUGUGUCCAACGUCCCCGCGCAGCCUGCAGGAGAUGGCGUCCCCGCUGUCGUCAGGACUGUCCGCGCUGACCAGGAUCGCCGUCUCCCAGUCGUCUCCAUUCCUGGCGUGGCGAAAGGUAAGUAUGGAAUUCCUUUAGCAGGUAAGGCUGGGGGCAGUCCCCCAGUCUUUGACGAUGACAUCGAACACCUCAUGGACGUCGACGUCAGCGAUGACGAGGAGGAUGAUGACUUCAUGGACUGGACUGAUGACCAUGGACACCCAGAAACCGAUGACAGCAUGGACUGGACUGACGCUGGAAACGAUGAAGACUCCAGACCUCGCUCCUCUCUCGUGAAGCACCUCCCAGGGUGUCCACCAGUCCCCACCGGUCCACCCGCUCCUGCUCGUCCUCCUGCUGGACCGCCUGUCCCCAUCCGUCUACCUGCUCGUCCUCCUGCUGGAACGCCUGUCCGUCCUUCUGCUGGACUGCCUGUCCCCAUCCAUCCGCCCGUUCCUGCUCGUCCUCCUGCUGGACCGCCUGUCCGUCCUUCUGCUGGACCGCCUGUCCGUCCUUCUGCUGGACCGCCUGUCCCCAUCCGUCCGCACGUUCCUGCUCGUCCUCCUGCUGGACCGCCUGUCCGUCCUUCUGCUGGACCGCCUGUCUCCAUCCGUCCGCCCGUUCCUGCUCGUCCUCCUGCUGGACCGCCUGUUCCUGCUGGUCCUUCUGUCUCCACUCCAGAAGAGUCUGCUCCAUUCACCUCAGGCCUGGGCCCCUACUCGAAGAGUAUCAGGAAGAAGAGUGCUGCUGCACAGGACGUUGUGAAGAGGACCAGGGAGGAGAGUGCUGCUGCACAGGACGUUGUGAAGAGGACCAGGGAGGAGAGUGCUGCUGCACAGGACGGUGCGAAGAGGACCAGGAAGGAGAGUGCUGCUGCACAGGACGUUGUGAAGAGGACCAGGAAGAAGAGUGCUGCUGCACAGGACGUUGUGAAGAGGACCAGGGAGGAGAGUGCUGCUGCACAGGACGUUGUGAAGAGGACCAGGGACGAGAGUGCUGCUGCAGAGGACAUUUUGAAGAGGACACAGGAAGUUUUGAAGACGACCAGGGAGAAGAUUGUUGCUGCACUGAACGGUGUGAAGAGGACCGGGGAGGAGAGUGCUGCUGCACAGGACGGUGCGAAGAGGACUAGGGAGGAGAGUGCUGCUGCACAGGACGGUGCGAAGAGGCAGAGGAGGGUUACCAAGACAUCGACGACAAGCAGCCUGCCACCUCCG